AUGGGAAUAAGGAUGUGCUUCCAUCCAUCUACAGAGCAGCCUCAGCUCCGUCUGAUCUGGCGCUCGGAUUCCCAGAUUGCAAGUCAGGCAUUCCGGCUCACCAGAGCUUUGGAAAGUGCUCUCCAAGCCGUCUUUUUGACGCCAAAUAUCGAAGUCCGCAAUCUCAGUCUCUUCAACAUUUGGGAUCACCAGCAAAUUCUAGAAUGGAAUUCGCAUUAUCCUGAAAAGACAGAUUGCCUUAUUUACGAGCUGUUCAAGGAUCAAGUUGACGCAAGGCCGGAUGCUCCCGCUGUGUCUGCGUGGGAUGGCGAGCUGACCUACCGAGAACUCGGUCGUCUUUCUACCCGGUUGGCUGGAACUUUACAGAAUGAAUUCGGUGUCGCAUCAGAGAAAAUCGUCGUGCUUUGUUUUGAGAAGUCUGUUUGGGCGAUUGUGGCAAUGUUGGCAGUGGUGAAAGCAGGAGGAGCUUUCUUGCACGUCGAUCCCCAGCACCCUGCUGCUCGACAACGAGCGAUGGUCCACACAACAGCCGCACGACUGGUACUUUGCUCUGAAAAGACACACAGUCUGGUCAUGGAAUCUCACCUUAGAUGCGAUUUAAUGGUCAUCGACCGCAAAAUCUUCUCCGCUGAGCCAGAUCACGCGCAGCAAGAAACGGCUGUUUCAUGCCAGGGUAUUAGUCCCGAGAAUGCGGCAUAUGUUGUGUGCACAUCAGGAAGCACAGGUACUCCAAAGGCAAUUCUCGUUGAGCACGCUUCAUUAUCUACCAGUGUCAAGGCACAGGCUGAUGCUAUGGGAAUCAUUCCCGGAUCUCGCGUCCUCCAAUACGCAGCCUAUACUUUUGAUGUCAGUGUUGGUGAUAUCUUCACGGCACUGACUCACGGUGCCUGUGUGUGUAUACCGUCCGACUGGGAGCGCUCUCAUGAUCUUUCCGGUGCCAUCAAUCGUUUGAAGGUUAAUCAAGCGUGUUUGACUUCGACGGUGGCGAGCAUUCUGACCCCAUCGGAGGUUCCAAGCCUGAAACAACUCACACUAGGAGGUGAACCAGCUACACAGCAGUGCGUCAACAUCUGGAGUGAGAAGGUUGUUCUCAGGAAUGUCUAUGGGCCUGCUGAGUGCACAAUUUGGUGCGUGAUUCAGCCGGAGCUUUCUGCGCAUACGCCUGUGUCAAAUAUCGGACACGGCAUAGGUUCCCGGACCUGGAUUGUCCACCCCGAGAAUCAUGAUCGCUUGAUGCCCGUUGGCGCCGUUGGAGAGUUACUCAUCGAAGGACCACUGGUUGCAAGAGGUUAUCUGAAUGACUUGGCAAAGACUGACGAAGUGUUCUUGUCGAAGCCUCCUAGCUGGUUGGCAUCUUUUGGGCCAGAUCCCUACAAGACCAAAUUCUACAAGACAGGGGACUUGGCCCGGUAUGGCACCGAGGGCACCUUGUUAUUCAAAGGUCGCAAGGACACACAAGUCAAGCUUCGAGGCCAGAGAAUCGAAUUGAGCGAAAUUGAAUAUCGCUUACAUCAAGCUUUAUCUGACCAAGUUGCUGUUGCUGUGGAGCUCGCAUCUCCUAAGGAUUCUAAUGCAUCGGUGUUAGCUGCUUUCAUCACUUGGGAUCAGGGACUUGAUCUGCAGAAUGUGGCAACUUUGACACCAAACGCACGGCGACAGUUCAAAGACUUGGUUUCAGAUAUUAAGAUCCCGAUUGAAAAGGCUCUGCCGGUAUAUAUGAUGCCUUCUCUGUUCAUCCCCGUCCAGACAUUGCCAUUAACAAUUUCUGGCAAACUCGAUCGCAAGGCACUCCGUACUUUCUGCACGCAGUACUCUCAUGACUUUUUGAUCAAUUUUGACGACGUGAAUCCGGGACUAAAAUCAGAUGAAGCGUCCGAUGUGGAUUCUGCUCUUGUUGAUAUCUCAAGUCCAGCUGAAGAGGGCUUAUUGCGACUUUGGGCGCAGGUCUUGGAAAAGAAUAUUGAAAGCAUCAGCCGGUCUGACAACUUUCUUUCCCUGGGUGGAGAUUCCCUAGCAGCGAUGCGACUUGUCAACAUUGCAGCAAGAGAUUUGCGAUUGACUCUUACGGUCGCGGAUGUAUUCAAGUCUCCAAUUCUGUCAGAACAGGCGACGCUUCUCCGACCACUCAUCCAAACCAAGCAUGUUGCGCCGUUCGAGCUGAUGAUGAACGGCAAUGUUCCCAUCCAAGAAUUGGUAGAAUCUGCGGCAAAGCAAUGUGAGCUUGCCUCUGAGAAAGUCGAAGAUAUCUAUCCCUGUGCUCCAUAUCAGGAAGAAAUGAUGCGGGAUUCGCUCGAUACCGAGCGGACCCAGAUGGGCCAGGAAGUCAUUCAGCUUUCUGAUGACCUGGAUAUUCCGCGAUACAUGAGUGCAUGUGCCCGAAUUUUCCAAAGGUUCCCCAUACUCCGUACUAGAAUCGUUGAAGAUUCAGGCAGGCUCCUUCAAGUCGUGGUUCAGGAAGAUUUUCCUUGGCAGCGGCCGGCGUCUAUCGCUGAGUAUUUGGAGGCUGAUACUCGGGAGAGGCCGUCUUUGGGAAGGCCACUCGCGCGAUGGGCGAUCACCUCAGAUGAAACACACCUGAUAUUGACGAUGCAUCAUUCGAUCUUCGAUGGAAUCUCAUUGGGUCAGAUCCUUGGAUCGAUAUAUGCUGUAUACCAAUCGAUUCCACUUCCGCCGGUCAACCUGACUUUUGCGACACUGCUUGGGAAGAUACAUCAGUCCCAAGGUGGUUUGUCAGAUGACUCAAAUCAGUUCUGGCAAACCUAUCUGUCCCUUGCGCCUGGAUUCAAUGAGCCUUCGCCUUCAGAAAUCAAAUCUGGCAGCCUACCAUAUGCCAACUCCGGGAUACAACGUCUGGUGACAUUCCAGGCCGGCGCAGUCCCAGCCCUACAGCAGCACGGACUAACGGAAGCAUCCCUUGUCCGCGCAGCCUGGGCAUGCACAUUGGCCAAGCACCAUGGGAACCCUGAAUCAGAUGUCAUCUUCGGCACAAUUUUGACCGGUCGCAACAUCCAUAUUCCUGGCGUCGACGCACUGGUCGCACCAGCUCUAGCACACACGCCAAUCCGUGUCCGCAUGUCCUCCCUGCAAGAGGAAAACCCGGCUCAAUUCCUUGCCCAGAUCCAGGACGAGGCAACAGCCAUGAUUCCAUUCGAGCAUGACGGUAUGGAGCGUAUUCGUGCUAUUGAUGACCAAGUGCGCGCCGCGUGUGACAAGAUCGAGACUUUGCUUGUGAUUCAACCGAUUCCAGAGGGGUUGACUUUGGAUUCGAAAUCCCCUUUCCCGGGGCCGAUCCUUUCGGGGCCUCGAGUUGAAGCUCGGGAGAUGCGGCAUUUCCACUGGUAUGGACUCCUUGUAGAGUGUACCUUGCUCCCGACGAAUGGCUUCUUUGUGCGGAUGUGUUUUGAUGAUAGUCUUUACUCUCCGGAGAGCGUGGAGGGGUUGCUGGAUGAUUAUGCGCAGGCUGUAGGUGAGCUGGCGGGGGGGUUAACUGAGGUCCAUAGUUCUAAGAUCACCAGGUGA